AUGUCAAUUUUUGACUCAAAAAAGUUAUUAAUUAAUAGGGCAUUGUCUGAAUUAAGAAAGAAGUUGCCAGAGAUAAGGAAAGCUGAUGCUGAAGUAGCUGCACUGAAGAAAAACCUAGCAAAUUUACCUCAGAAAGAAGCAGCAGCAGCAGGAAAAUCAGUAGGAGAGGUGGUGGUGUCUAACAAGCCUAGUACUGCCGCAAUUUCUGGCACAGUUGGACUUCAAUCAGUGGUGAGGAGGAGGGCAUCAAUGCGCAUGAAGGUUCCUAUCUCUGAUUUUCACAAUUUUGACAAUGAUAGGGCUGAGCAAUGCUUCAAGGCGAAGCAGAUAUUGGCGCUCUAUGAUGAAAAAGAUGCUAUGCCACGUCUAGAAAAAAUAAAACGGGGAGGAUGCCUUAGAAUUUAUCCUAGGGGCGGGGAUAUAUGGGCCAUAUACAAGAACUGGUCAUCGGAAUGGAACAGGGAGACCCCCUUUGAAGUUAGGAAUCAAUAUGAGAUGGUGGAAGUUAUGAUGGAUUAUGAUGAAGAAGAUGGGGUUUGCAUGAGUCCACUGGUGAAAGUAGAUGGUUACAGGACUGUGUAUGGGAGGAACCCAGAUAAGGGUUCCAUUAGUUGGGUUUUGAAGAAGGAAAAGUUGAGAUUCUCACAUCGUGUUCCUUCUUGGCGAAUUAGAGGUGGAGAAAGGACUGAUGAUCUGCCAGAAUGCUGUUGGGAUCUGGACCCUGCCGCCACCCAAGAUGGCCUUAUCCUUCAACAGCAGCAAGAACAAGAAGAAGCUGAAGCUGGGAAACAUAAAUGUACUUGA